GAGAGAGAGAGAUGGAAGGGGAAGAGGAGGAGAGGAAGAAGGGGAGGGUGGUGGUGGAGAUGGUGGGGGGGAAGUCCACCGUCACCCGCUGCUUUUCCUGCUACCCUCUCAAACUCAUCUUCCCCAACAAGGUGGGCUCCUCCAAGUCCGACGCCGUGUGGAUCUACGCCCUGUCCUAUGGCGGCGGCAUCGUCUCGGGAGAUCAAAUCUCGUUGGAGAUAAGUGUCGGCGAUGGCUGCACCGCAGCCCUUACAACGCAAGCUUCCACCAAGGUAUACAAGUCUGUGGAUUCAAAGUGUUCGGCACAAUUUCUUGAGGCUAGAGUUGGGAGGAAUGCACUUCUAGCUGUUAUCCCUGAUCCUGUCACCUGUUUCUCGACUGCUAAGUACUCCCAGAUGCAGCUUUUUAGGGUGCAUUCUGAUUCAAAUUUGGUCAUUGUUGAUUGGGUUACUAGCGGACGCCAUGAAAGCGGAGAACGGUGGGAAUUUGAUCUUUACAAGAGUACGAAUCACAUAUACCUGGAUGGAGAUCAACCUCUAUUUCUGGACUCGGUUCUGCUGGACAAAAGAUCUGGUACCAGUAUUGCCGAGCAGAUGCAGGAAUACCAAGUCAUGGCAAUGGUCAUAAUAUCAGGCCCAAAGUUGAAGGAUCUGCGAUGUCAACUGCAGGAAGAAGUUAAGCAGAUGAUGUCAAGACAUUUACGUUCUCCUAAUACCAACACAAGUCAUCAUGUAAGAUCAGAACCCCGACAUGGUCCAACAAGGCCUCUGCUGAUUGCUUCUUGCAGUACCUUUGGUCCUCAGGCACUAGGAAUGGUGGUUCGUAUCGCAGCAGUGACCACCGAGUCGGUCUACAUGUUCCUGAGGCAUCACCUUACCACAUUGAAACCAUUCCUAGGAGCAUCACCAUAUUGUCAAGCUGGAAGAUGAGGACAAUCACUAACAUAUGCUUUUCCGAGGAAAGCCAAAAAAUAGUAGGAAGUGAUCUUAUGUUCAUUCCACAGCCACUGAUCCCGGUGAAGGUUUGAGUGUGUGUGGGAGAGUUCAAUCAAAAGUUUUAUCAAGCCAAAGUGUGUUCUUCGAAGCAGCAAGUAUUUUAUCCCCAAAGUCCAAAUGAAAAAUAGUCUCGACGUGAGAAGAAGAAACCAAGUUAUUUGUUAAAGAAUUUAAAUAAAA